UCCCUGCAGCUUUGGGAAAUACAAGAGGGAAAAGGUCGCGCCGGCUGCGACGGCAAAUCCGCCGCUCUUCCUCAUAUAUUUUUAGUUUUUUUUGGUGGUGGUAAAAGCGAAUGGAUUGUGCGACCGGCAUGGAUUAAGGGCAGCACCGAGGAAACCAAUCCUGCCGCGGUCGGUUCGAGCGCAAACAGGUGAGCCGGUCAAGAAGGGCGGAGUGGCCGGGAAAUGGCCGACGGCGGGAUGAGCGGCUGGUGGAAGUCGAUGACCAUGAAGAAGAAGGCGAAGGAGCUGACGGACAAGGGGUCGGGGCAGGAGAACGGGCAGUUCCCCGCAGACAAGACGUCGGCUCGGGAAAACAAACCCCCGGCCGUGCCGGAGGAGAAGGAACACUCGGAUCCCCGGCUGGAGAAGGGCUUUAGCGAGAAGAACACACGCAGGAACCUGAAAAUCUCCCGCUCGGGACGUUUCAAGGAGAAGCGCAGGGUGCGAGCCACUCUGCCUGACAGCCCCAAGUUCUUCGAGGGCAAUGGCAAUACAAACGAUGAAAACUAAUGCACAUCCUUUUCCCUCUUACUGGGGCACCAGAUGCUCCAUCCAGCGCAAGACUGGUCACCAGACACUAUCUUAAUUUAACAGUGAUAAAGCCGAAAUUAACGCAUCAAUUUAUAUUUCCUUAAAUAUUUCAUGAAUAAUGCGUUAAAUAUUUAUUUGUUGGAAUCCGUAUACCUAUUGAAGUAGAUUGAUUUUUACGAUUACUGAAUUCUCUUUCUCCCCCACAUCAGGUACCCGGGUCGUUGCAGGUUGGAAUAGCGGGGCAGGACGUGUUCUGAUUAAGAACUUUAUCUUGGUGGGGUCGGUGGGGGAGGGAUAAAUCACAAGAGGUUCUGUAGAUGCUGGAAAUCCAGAGUAAGACAUGCAAGUUGCUGGAGGAACCCAGCGGACUGGGCAGCAUCGGUGGAAAUGAAGGGUCUCGGCCCUGAAGCGUUGACUGUUUGUUCCCCUCCAUAGACGCUGCCUGACCUGUUGAGUUCCUCCAGCACCUUGUGCGUGUUGCACGGUUGGGGUGGGAGGUGAUUUCAGAUUGCAGUUGUAACUGAAAGUAUUUUUUCAGCCAACAUUUUGUUUCAUGGCCUUGGUCAAUUUUAAUCUUCUGAAUUAUAAAGAUGUUGAGCGCUUUUUUAAAAAUAAAAAAAAAUUAUUUUCGGGAAAAUUCCUUAUUGCAUGCCUGCUUACUGCCGUGCUUUAUUCUAACUAAAAGAGGUUCGGAGACUUUGCUUUUCUCGUAAACUGUUGUAAAAAUUAAUCGUUUGUCAAAAUGUA